CAAGGAUGGAGAGAAGAUGGUGAAAACACUGAUAGUGUUUUGUUUCGACCAAAACGCUUACGCCAUUGUCAUUGAAAAUGGCAUAAUAGUUCUCACUUCUACGGUAAGAUGGCAAAUUUCUUACAGAUUUCUGUAAUAUCAACCUUACUUCUUGACAAUUGUCAGUGUCACUCAGAGUGUAUUUAAAAUAUUUAAAUUCAAAAUUCCAAUUUCCCAGUGUUUUUCAAAUCCCAGUUUCCAGUGUGUUUUCCGUGUGUUUAAUUUCGAUUUUUGUUAUCCAGUUGAUAUUUUCCUCUUGUUUCCUCAGUUUCAGUUCGUAGUGUUGUUUUUUGUGUUGUGUUGUUCAAAAGAUUUUCUGAUGGCGGAGAAACGAAAAACUCGUAAGUGUGUGAUUUGCGGCAAUGAAAAUGACUCUUCUACACAUUUGUAUGCAGUUCCAAAGGAGGAUUGUCGUCUUUUGGAAUGGGUAAUUGCUUGUGGCCAGCUUUUGCCUCCAAAAUCUUUUGUCUGCUCCAGACAUUUUCCAAUCAGUAAGAGCAAAAAAUUGAAAAAAGGAGAUGUACCAUCAGUUCGGCAAGUAACUCAAUAUGUAUCAUAUUAUAGUCCUGAAGAUGAUACAAUUCCAAUUUCAAUGAGUCCUACCCAAGAUCCUGCUCUAACUGAAAUUGACUGCUCCACUAAUGAAGAAUCCCAAGAAUCCUUUGCCAUAUCCCUCCAUUCUCCUAUUCCUCAACUUAUCCAACCUAUGGAUAUUGUAAAUAAUGAUGAAUUUGGAAGUUUAUUCAAAAUCUUAUCAACUGUUGGAAGUUCCUUUAAUUUGCCUAUCACUUGGGGAGUUCAUGAAUUAGUAGGCUAUAUUGUUCUGCUGAAAAUAAAUAUUCAGCAGGAUGACAUGUUGGCAAUUAUAGAUCGUUCAAUAAUUAUAAGAGAUGAUACAAUUAUAGCCCGGGUCAAGAAUAAAUCAAUAGAAUUGACCAACAUUAUCAAAACAACAGAUGAUUUAGAAAAUUAUAUUAAAGAUUUUGAUAAGGCAAAAAUAUGCCCAGGUAAUAGUAAAUCCUGUUCCGUUGUUCUUUUGGGAAACUUGGCCUUAUGCAACACAUGUAGAGGUUAUAAACAUUAUCAUUCGAAGAGGGACCACAAGAAACAACAGUCUGUUAUUGUUAAAAAACACAAAAAGAGGCGCCUUCAGUACAUUAGUACAAGGAAUCAACACCUCAAGAAUGUGAUCAACAAUUUGAAGGGUCAAAAAAUCGAUACAAUCAAGAUUGAUCAUUUCCUGAAAGAUUUACCUGAGAUUCAACAAGAAAUGAUAAGGGCUUGCUGUAAAGCAGCUACUUCACGGAAAAAUGGCAUAAGAUACACACUGGAGUGGGUGUACUCCUGCAUUUUGAUGAAAAUUAAGGGGCCUAAAUUGUAUCAUCACAUGAGGGAAAAUAAUUUGCUGUCUCUGCCAUCUCCAAGUACUUUGUCCAGGUAA